AUGCCGGACACGCGACGCGUUGUCCACACCAUCCACGCUCGCUUCGGCGCCAUCAAGAACAAGCACGCCGCCUCCUCUCAGCAGCAGCAAGAGCAGAACAGCGGUGCCUCUGCUUCGCAUGCCAACAAGACCGCUCAGCGUUCGACCGAGGACAGUGCCACCGGCGCUCCCCCUGCACCACGUGCGGGGGAGCCGCAGCUCCAGCCACGCGCCCUUGGCGGCUCCGUCUGGGACCAGCUGCUCGACAGCGACAUGGCCGCGUUCAAGAAGGCCAUCUCCAAGCGCUUCAAGAUGAAGGACCUGGGCAGCCCAGACAUUUGUCUCGGCAUCAAGGUGCAGCACGACCGCAAGGCCAGGACCGUCACCAUGAGCCAGGAGCACUACCUGCGCAGCGUGCUGGAGACCUUCGGCAUGGCUGACUGCAAGCCUGUCGGCACGCCGCUCUGCACGGGCUACGUCGACAAGCCAGCCGACAAGGAGGAGCCACUGCCGGACGUGCCGUUCCGCGAGCUGCUUGGCUCCCUCCUCUAUGCUGCGACGAUGACGCGCCCAGACAUCUCGGCGGCUGUCUCCAUCCUGUCUCGCCGUAUGCAGCACUUCGGCAUGGACCACUGGAAGGCUGCCAAGCACCUUCUUCGCUACAUCAAGGGCACCUUGUCCUACACCAUCAAGUACGCCGCCACUGGCGACACCAGCAACGGCAGCACUGCCGACGGCGUACUCUCAGCGUACUCGGAUGCGUCGUUCGCCUCCGACGUUGACACGCGACGUUCCCGCACGGGCUUCGUCGUCUUCUGUUCCACGGGCCCCGUGUCCUGGAACUCCAAGCUGCAGGCCACCGUGGCCACAGCCUCCGCCGACGCGGAGUACAUGGCUCUCGCAGCCACUGCACAGGAACUCAUGUUCCUUCGCCAACUCCAGGAGGAGCUCACCGGCGCCGUCCUGUGCGAGCCCACGCUCGUCCACACGGACAACCAGCCGGCGCAGCGCGUUGCCGAACACGCCGCCUCGCGCAUGCGGCACAUCCUCGUCAAGUACCACUACAUCCGCGAGUGCGUCGACACCAAGAGGAUUGUGCUGAGCUACCUCGCCACGGAGCACAUGAUCGCAGAUCUCCUCACGAAGAUCCUCCCUCGGCCCAAGACGGCUCAGUUCUGCACGAUGCUGUUCGACCAGCGUCCUCUGCCAGGCUGCCAGCCACGGGCCCGUCCUCAUUCGGGCCGGUCGCCACGUCCUUCGACUCCGCGUCAGGACCUCUGA